CAUACAUAGUGGAAGUAUCAUGGUUAUUUUCAUCACAAUUGCAAACCUUGUGUUAUCGUCAGAAAUUUCAACAUAAUCGUUUUGCAAAGAUGAUGAAAAUCUAGCCCAUUUGACAAACUGUCAACGUACACAGGGGUAAUGUGAGAUGCACCAAGAAUGGCUACUUAAAUCAUGUGGUGCUUUCUCAUAUUUUUUUGAAACCAUUCCCAGAAAACUUUUAAGAUUUCAACUGCAGAGGGCAUAUCUAAGUACUGUUGAUCCCAGUAAAUUGACUGUCAUGGAGAAAUCUGAUGAAAAACAGAAAGCUUCAACAUUGGAAAGUAGAGAAUGGUCAAAAACGGGCAGUCCCAGUAAUGAAUCUACUGACAUAAAAAAUUUAUCAGAUACUCAGCAUGCUGUCAAGAGAACUUUGGAAGGUGACGAAAGGGCUUGUAAAGUUCCAAAAUUAGGAACAGAUGAGCAUCAUCCCUCCCCAUCAAAUAUUUUAAGAAAAAGGAAGGUGGCUCUACUCCUGGCAUAUAGUGGAUCUGGCUACAUGGGGAUGCAAAUCCAGAAAGAUGUAACCACUAUUGAAACAGACUUGGUAUCAGCACUGUAUAAGGCUGGAGUCAUUCCAGAGGAACAUGCAGAAGAAAUGCAGAAGAUGAAAUUCCAACGAGCUGCCAGAACAGACAAAGGAGUGUCUGCAGCUAUGCAGUUGUGCUCUUUGAAGAUGCUGCUUCCUGAAAACUGCAUUGAGAAAAUUAAUGAACGUCUUCCAGCGCAGAUAAAGGUGUUUUCAAUAAAGAGAGUCACUCAGGGUUUCAACAGUAAGAAUAAUUGUGACAACAGAACAUACUCAUACUUGAUGCCAACUUAUGCAUUUACACCGGUAGAACAGAAUGUGACAGAAGAUUUCAAAAUCUCAGAUGACAGUUUAAAACUAGCAAGAGAAGUUUUAUCCAUGUUUAAAGGAACUCAUAACUUCCACAACUUUACAGCAGGAAAAAAGGCAACAGAUCCCAGUGCCAAGAGGUACAUUAUAGAUAUACAGUGUGGAGAACCUUUUGUCCAAGAGGGAUUAGAAUUCAUCACUGUGACUGUCCGUGGUCAAAGCUUCAUGUUGCAUCAAAUAAGAAAAAUGAUAGGAUUGACAAUAGCUGUGGUGAGAGGGCUUGCUGCAAAAGAAUCUGUACAACAGGCAUUUGAACAUCCAAAGAUGGACAUUCCUAAAGCCCCAGGAUUAGGAUUACUGUUGGAAAAGCUUCAUUACGAUGCCUACAAUAAAAGAUAUGGCAAAGAUGGGCUCCAUGAAACACUAGACUGGGAAGAUAUCAGGAUGGACUUGGAUAAAUUCAAAGCUGAGCAAAUAUAUCCAACCAUCAUUCAAACAGAGCUGAAGGAAAAAUCCAUGUUACAGUGGCUACAAACUCUUCACUUGCAUACCUUCAUGCAAUCAGAAGAAGAAUAUGGGGUUGAAACACCAAAACUUAGGGAUGUUUGGACAAAAGUAAAAGAAUUUUCAAAGGAAAAACAGGUAGGAGGCAUCAAAAAACGAAGAAAAAUAAGUCCAAGAUUCAAUUAGUGUGACAAUCUGAAAUUUCUUUCUAAAAGCGGAUCUCUUGGUGGGCAGCUGUUUGGAGCCUUCAGAUAUGUAUAAGGGCACUUUUGAUGUUCACCUAUUGUUGGUGGUAGCGGUGGGGAGAUACAUUAUCAUAUGAUGGAAAUUCAGAUUUACUAUGCAUCCUUUUCCAGAAAUUUCACAAAGUUUGAACCAGGAGAAAUUCCUAUACAAAAUGGAUAGAAAUGGCAUAAGGCUAUUUUGUGCUGUGCCCGAGAACACGCAUCAAUUUUUUACUGGCAAUGCGUGCAGUGGUCCAUACAUUGUCCAUGGAGAGAAAUGACAUUGUCAACCAGGACAAACUGAAACCAUCAUAUUAAGUUAUAUCUAUUAAACUUUAUAUUAAUGAGAUGGACAUCACCCUUGAAAUUGCCAUACUAUCUAUAAAUGGAUUGCUAUUUUAAGGACAUUGGAAAAGGAUUAUUCAGUGCGCCUCCCUCUGUAAAGGACGACCUGGUCUCCAGAUGAAAAUGGAAGAAUUUUAAUUUUUAAAAUCAACUUGAAUUAAAAUAAAGGUCAAAUUAAUAAGUUAAAACAUGGUCAGAAUUUUACAGUCCAGUUUAAUGUGGUUAGUUUUCAUAUAAACAAUAGUGUUCAGCUGUGUAACUUUUAGAGCAUAUAGUAUGUGGGCCAAUAAAAAAUUUAUUCAGCUAAA